AUGCAUACACACACAUUAAAAAUGCUACCAUGAUAAUUAAUCUUUUUAGAGAGAGAACCAAACCAUUAUACUCUCUUAAAUUACUUUUUAGAGUGAGAAACCCAAAGAAACACACAUCCAGACGCGCACCACAAACGCUUCCACCACCACCACCAAAGAACUCCUCCGCCAACCACCACCUCCACCUUCGCCUCCUUAUUAUAUUUUCACACACGCACAUACAUUACAGAAUCCACACCAAACACAAACUCAUAUCAGACAAUCUAUCCACUUAUCUAUCCAUCGGAAGCGUUUUGUGCCUCCAAAAUAACUCCUCUUUGAAUACAAACUUGUCGUUUCACUGUAAAACAAGGAGGCGAUCCAUACAUAACCGAUCGCCUUUUUUUCUCCUUUUAGAGCUGCUAUCAUUCUGAGUUUUUCGAUAUCGAGGAUCGAUCUGAGAUUUAAGUGGAAUGUGAUUUGCAUGGGUUGAGGAUGCCAGAAUUGAGAAGCGGAGCCCGGAGAUCAAAGCGUCUUGAUGAUCUUCAAGCUCUCCAACAACCGAUCAACCCAACUGAGAAUUGGAUACAACCUACUCAGAACAAAACUAGAAGAAGAGCUGGUGGUCGAGGAAGAGGUGGCAAUGCCACAGGUGUAGCCAAAGGAGCUUCUCCAGCAAUACCUGCAAGGCCAACUGCUGCUGGAAGAGGCCAGGGUAUUAGGUUGAUAGAUUUAGAUCCAGAACCUUGUGAGGUGGAACCUGCAGCUUUAGGAGCUGCUGAACCAGGUUAUAAUCGAGUUGAAGUAGUGGCAGACAAAGAUAUUGCAAUGGAUGGUGGUAGUGCAGACAAGGUAGUGGGAGUUGAAGAAGAAGGAAACACUACUCCAGUUCCAGAGAGGGUUCAAGUGGGUAAUUCUCCUGUAUAUAAAAUAGAAAGAAAGUUGGGUAAGGGUGGAUUUGGCCAAGUUUAUGUUGGCAGAAGGGUGAGUGGUGGUACUGACAGAACUGGACCAGAUGCGAUUGAGGUUGCAUUGAAGUUUGAGCACCGAAAUAGCAAAGGUUGCAAUUACGGCCCUCCUUAUGAGUGGCAAGUGUAUAAUACUCUAAAUGGAUGUUAUGGAAUUCCUUGGGUACAUUACAAGGGUCGCCAAGGAGAUUUCUACAUUCUGGUAAUGGACAUGCUUGGACCUAGUCUUUGGGACGUUUGGAAUUCCCUAGGCCAAUCGAUGUCGCCAAAUAUGGUGGCCUGCAUUGCUGUGGAGGCAAUAUCAAUUCUUGAAAAGCUUCAUAUGAAAGGGUUUGUGCAUGGAGAUGUAAAGCCAGAAAAUUUUUUACUUGGUCAACCUGGAAGUGCUGAUGAGAAGAAGCUAUAUCUUAUUGAUCUUGGUUUGGCAUCUAGAUGGAAAGAUGCAUCAUCUGGUCAACAUGUUGAUUAUGAUCAGAGGCCUGAUGUGUUCAGGGGAACAAUAAGAUAUGCUAGUGUGCAUGCCCAUUUAGGCCGAACUGGAAGUCGGAGGGAUGAUCUUGAGUCAUUGGCAUACACAUUGAUAUUUCUUAUAAAAGGAAGGUUACCCUGGCAGGGGUACCAGGGGGAUAACAAGAGUUUUCUUGUUUGUAAGAAAAAGAUGGGGACUUCUCCAGAGUUAAUGUGUUGUUUUUGUCCUGCCCCAUUCAAACAAUUCCUGGAAGCUAUUACGAAUAUGAAAUUUGAUGAGGAGCCCAAUUAUUCCAAACUGAUCUCUUUUUUUGAAAGCCUUAUUGAACCUUGCACAUCAUUAAGGCCAAUUAGAAUUGAUGGAGCUCUUAAGGUUGGACAAAAGCGUGGAAGAUUGCUCAUAAACUUGGAAGAGGAUGAGCAACCAAAGAAGAAAGUACGAUUGGGCAGUCCUGCUACACAGUGGAUCUCUGUUUACAAUGCACGGCGACCAAUGAAGCAGAGAUAUCACUAUAAUGUAGCAGAUGCAAGGCUACGCCAGCAUGUGGACAAGGGUAAUGAAGAUGGGUUAUAUAUUAGUUGUGUGGCCUCAGCAACUAAUCUCUGGGCCCUAAUCAUGGAUGCUGGAACUGGUUUCACUUCACAGGUUUAUGAACUGUCAGCUGUCUUCCUGCACAAGGAUUGGAUUAUGGAACAGUGGGAAAAGAACUACUAUAUCAGUUCAAUAGCUGGGGCAAGCAAUGGAAGUUCAUUAGUUGUUAUGUCCAAAGGAACUCCUUUCACCCAGCAGUCUUACAAAGUGAGUGAAUCUUUUCCUUUCAAGUGGAUAAAUAAGAAGUGGAAAGAAGGCUUUCAUGUCACAUCCAUGACAACUGCUGGCAGUCGCUGGGGUGUGGUGAUGUCCAGGAAUGCUGGAUUUUCAGAUCAGGUUGUGGAGCUUGAUUUUUUGUACCCGAGUGAAGGAAUACAUCGACGAUGGGAAAGUGGUUACAGGAUCACAUCUAUGGCUGCCACUGCUGAUCAGGCAGCCUUCAUAUUAAGCAUACCGAAACGGAAAAUGGUGGAUGAAACUCAGGAAACUCUGCGUACCUCUGCCUUCCCAAGCACACAUGUAAAGGAAAAAUGGUCAAAAAAUCUCUACAUUGCAUCGAUCUGUUACGGGCGAACUGUUUGCUAAUAUCUGGUGUAAAUGUGGGCAGAAUAUCCACCAAAAGGAAUCUAUAGCUUAAAAUUUUGAAAGGUGAGAGGGUAUUUUUGGGCCUUGAUUGGAAUUGGUGGGCUGGCUUUUCUCCUGCAAGUUAAAAAAAAAAAAAAAGGUGAUCAAACCCAUGCUUCUGAUAUAGGAUCAACUCAUUAUAUUUGAUUGUACAUGGGAAAGGGAAAAAACGACAAAUAGAGAAAAAGAAAAUCUGAGAGCAUGCCCCCCUGAGCAAAAAUAUGAGCUGGUGGGCAAAUAGCUUUAUUAUUAAAACAUUUAUAUAUAAUAGUACCAGGCCAUUGCAGCCCAGUUGUGGAUCAUUUUCUGUCAUUAUGUUUUGCUCCUUUGAAUUUGUUAUCAGCUCUCACUAUAUUACUUUC